AUGGCUGCAUCCCAGAGGCGUACUAGAAACGCUGAUGUAAGCACCGACCCGAAAACGGGGUCCAAAAAGCCCAAGCCUGGCACAAAAACCGCAGAGCCUGUUACGCCCAAGCGAACGCUGUAUGUGAGUAAUUUGAACGACAAGAUAAAGAUCGCGACUCUGCGCGAAAACUUAUACUUACUGUUUUCGACGUACGGGGAAGUGGUAAACGUUGCGAUGUCGCCCAAGACGCGCGGUCAGGCGUUUGUGUUUCUGCAAAAACUUGACGAGGCGAACUUGGCGUUGAUAACUUUGCAAGACGAGCCUUUCUUCGGCAAACCACUGCGCAUUGCGUUCAGCAGACACGAAACUCGGUCCGUAGGUGAGGAAUGA